AUGGCCGUGUGGUUCUGGUGGAUCACUGCCUUCUUCGGCCACUGCAUUGCAUUGCACUCUCUCAUGCCUGCCUCCCAUAUCAUUCUCUCGUCCUCCGUUUCCCCCCUCUGUCCCACCAGCUACGCUUUUGCGAGUGGAGGCCCGGUCAUGGCCGUGUGGUUCUGGUGGAUAACUGCCUUCUUCACCCUCUCUUGCCCUCCUACCCACCUGCUGCAACACCCACUCUUCCUCCCCUUGCCCUUUUACCCCACCACCAGCUACGCCUUUGCGAGUGGCGGCCCGGUGAUGGCCGUGUGUCCCUUUCCGCCCGCACCCACCUCCCCCUCCCCCAUCCAGGCUUCCUCGCCCUCUCUUCCCUUCUCACUCUCCCCUCGUCGUCUUCCUCUCUCAUUUCUUCACUUCUCACUCUUAGUAAAUAAAUGUCUUGAAAACUCACACAUCGCCCUUCCCUGCCCAUCCCCCUCUGCCUCCCUUCCCCUCCCUGCCCCUCCCUGCUCCUCCAUGCUCCCCAAUGUUUACUCCUCCCUGCGCCUCUCGCUCCCAGGGAUGACUGGUUGGUUGGAAUCUCUCGGGGUGUCGAUUGGCUUGGGAGGCGUGGUGCUGGGAGGGAGGCGUGGUGCUGGGAGGGAGGAGACCUCAAAGUUCGGCCCGAGUGUUGCCUUUCUCCUCUGCCCUCGUGCCUUUACCCGUUGCAGGGCUGGUUGGAAUUUCUCGGGGCGUUUAUUGGCUUGGGAGGACACCACACGCACGCUAACAUGCCAGCAUGUGCUGCCGUUCUCCUCUGCACUCUUGCCUUUACCCGUUGCAGGGCUGGCUGGAGUUUCUCGGGGCGUCUAUUGGCUCGGGAGGCGUGGCGCUGGGAGGGGACUGCAAUGGAUCAACCCAUUGCCCUGUGUGGCGCUGUGUUGCCUUUCUCCUCUGCUCGUUUCUCUUACCCCAGGACACCACACGCACGCUAACAUGCCAGCAUGUGCUGCCGUUCUCCUCUGCACUCUUGCCUUUACCCGUUGCAGGGCUGGCUGGAGUUUCUCGGGGCGUCUAUUGGGCUCGGGAGGCGUGGCGCUGGGAGGGGUGGCACUGGGAGGGGUGGCGCUGGGAGGGGUGGCACUGGGAGGGGUGGCACUGGGAGGGGACCGCAGUGAUCAACCCAUUGCAAUGUGUGGCGCUGUGUUGCCUUUCUCCUCCUCUCCCUGCUCCCCGUUACCCCCAGGGCUGGCUGGAAUUUCUCGGGGCGUCCAUCGGCUCGGGAGGCGUGGCGCUGGGAGGGGUGGCGCCAACGGUGGCGGGUACACCCAUGCCAGAGCCAGUGCAACUCGCCUGCUGCGUGUUCAUCGUGCUAGUGUGUGCGCUCAUCAACCUGUCUCUUUCUCCCCGUGUGGUGCCAAUGGUGGUGGAUACAUGAUGUCAGAGCCAGUGCAGUUCGCCUGCUGUGUGUUCAUUGUGCUCGUCAUCGCUGCCUGCUGUGUGUUCAUUGUGCUCGUGUGUGCGCUCGUGAACCUGCUUCCCAUUAGAAAUGGCGUUGGCAGAGUGCUGCUAGUGGGCGUGAUCAUCCAGGUGCUAGCGGGUGUGAUAACCAUAAUCACGCUGCCUCUCGUCGCACCAACACUGCAGCCAGCGUGGUGGGUCUUCGGCCAUCUCGAUUUCAGCACCGCCAAUACCAACAUGCCCAGCAAUGGCUAUGCCGUGCUAGUGGGGCUGCUCAUGUCUCAAUACGCACUCUAUUCAUUCGACACCGGAGCCCAUGCAUCAGAGGAGGCCAAGCGAUCCGACGUAACAACCCCCAUUGCCAUGGUGGGGGCGCUGACGCUGGUGUCGUUUCUGGAGUGGGCGGUGGUGGUGGUGCUCACGUUCUGCAUUCAGGACGAAGCCACUCUGCUGGAUGAGCAGAACGCUGCGGGAGGCAAGCCGGUGAUUCAGAUCCUCUGGACCAUCUUCAAUGGGAGGUACGGCAGCACAGCAGGGGUGUAUGUCUUCAUCUGCCUCUUCUUCUCCUCCUUCUUCUUCUGCACCAUCACUCUCGUCUUCGCGGCCUGUCGUGUGGGCUACGCGCUAGCACGCGACAAAGGUCUACCUUUCUCCUUUCUCUGGCGGCGCAUCAACAAGCGCAAGGGCUACGCGCUAGCGCGAGACAAGGGCCUACCUUUUUCCUUCCUGUGGCGGCGCAUCAACAAGCGCAAGGUGCCCGUGAACGCGCUCAUGUGCACCGUGGGCAUCGCCAUCGUGGCGCUGCUGCCGCUGCUGGGCGGCAGCGCUGCGUACUUUGCCGUCACCGGCAUGGCCACGGUGGGGUGGUUCGGCGCGUACGGCGUGCCGAUCCUCUUCCGCAUCCUGCAAGACGAUGGGGACUUUGUUCCCGGGCCGUUUUACUUGAGAAACUACUUUGGGAAGAUCGGAAGGUGA